AUGCCCUCAGCACACAAGAGCAAGGGCAAAGGCCGCGAUGCGCGCCAGUCGCGUAGUCGCAAUACCACCCCAUCCAAUAUCGGCGCACCUCCGCUUCCAAGCUACCUGGAGAAUGACGUGACAAAGCUCAUCGACGUGGCCAAUGGCCAGUACACGGAACUGCUCGAAUUAGUUGCAGCUCCAAAUAUCCCCGAUUCCAAGACCCUAGAAACCCUCGUGGAGCAUCUCAACAACCUCAGUGACAUGGCAGAUACCCGCGGAGAGGUUUUUAAUGCGGGGAUGAGAGAGAUGUCACAAAAGCGGAAGGAAGUCAUGGAAGAUCAGGAGCUGAGCCAUGAGGUUGCAGACCGCGCAAAGCUGAAGCGUGAGACAGAGGACGAUGAUGAUCCGAUCCAUAAAGGAAAGAUUAAGAAGCGCAAAGACCGAGGAAGCAUCAAGGAGGAGCGACCAUUAAGCCAUGGAGCUCAUGAAGUCAGCCGCCAAGAUGGUGCAGAAACAAAAGUUGAAGGUGCGGCAUCACCAGUGUCUAAGCAUUCGAAAACAGCGGCCUCCGACGGGAGUUCCUCCCUUUCCCCUCCCUCCAUGCUGUCUCCCAACGGCGCUACUACCGGAAAUGAUGGCGCCGAAGCGCCUGAGUCCCCAGAAUCCGAUUCGAGCGACUCAUCCCACCAGCCGGAGCCCCAACCAGCUGUGCCAAAUGUUCAAGUGUUUGGAAGCAACCCGCUGAAAUAUGAUGACCCGACCAUCUACCACAUCCGAGAUAUCGUGCCAGGCAUGAGCGAUGAUGAGAAGAAGGAAAUCUACAGCGUUGCCCACUUCCCCAAGAGCGAUCUCUCCCAUAUGUUAGGAGGUGUCCCGCCGGACAAGGACUUUAGCAAUGCGAAGCCCACCAACCAAGUUAGUGCCAACACUUUCCAGGCCUAUAUUGAGCCUUAUGUACGGCCUCUCAUGGAAGAGGACAUUGCUUGGCUGCGGGAGAGAGGAGAUCGAGUAACGCCUUUUAUCAAUCCGCGCCGGGGAAAGAAAAACUAUCGUCAGGUCUGGGCAGAGGAGGACGGUCUACCCUACGACCAGAGCCAGGAUGACAAAGACCAACUCCCCUUGAACCAAGGCCGCGGCGGUAUCGAACAAUUAACUGAUGACAAACUUGAGAGUAACGAGGUUUCAAUCGGACCGCUGCUUAGCCGUCUGUGUUCUCUCUUGCGAUACGAGCACCGUACUCUUCCCGAAGACAAGGACAAUGCGAACUCUACAAACGGCGAUACAGCUACAGGGCCCGGCGGCGAUGCAAUGGAUAUAGACCAGCCGCCCAACGGAUUGCCAGACCUGGAAACAAAACCUGAUAGCAAAACCCUUCCCCCGGCGACAGCGUUCCGCGACGCCAAUCCCAAUGAAUUCAAGACCUCGGUUGCGAAACUCGAUCACGCCCAGCUCGAUGAGCGCGCCAAGGCCGAAUUGCGCUACAUUGGAUUCCUCGGACCCGAAGACAAUCCAGACUACGACGCCCACUACGACGAUGAAGUAGCCGAGCGUCUUCGUCUUCUCCAAGGGGAACUCAAGAAACAAAUCAUCACCAACAAUGCCCGCAAAGCCCGCAUUCUCAAGAUUGCCCAAGAUCACAUGGCUCUUCUUGAGUUCACGACUAUUCAAGAUGACCUCGACUCACAGGUCCAACAGGCUUACCUCAAGCGUACCCGUACCAUGGGCAAGAGCAAGAAGGGCGCUCAAGCCAAGCACCGCCCUGGUGGCGCGGGUGGUGGCAGCCACAUUGCUGCGGGUGUCUCACGCCCUGCUGUUGGAGAUGCAGCGAAGAUUGUUAUGGAUCGUCGCAAGCGUUGGAAUGAUGCCUUCCUCCCGAUAUUCGAAGACAUCAAGACAACCAUUCCUACAGCGGGAGAGACGAUCUUCGAUCCCACUACGAUGGCCGAAUAUGAAAAGGCCGAGCUGGAGAAUUGGGAUGAGGAAUAG